AUUCGGUUAAUCGACUUUUCAGUAACAUACUCUGUGGAAAAAGAGGGACGCUUUGAUCCAAUAAACAUGGAUUCUGGGAGAAAAUUAAAAAAGUAUCUAUCAGAUUCAAAUCCAAGAGAUUUAAUACGUGAAGUGAAACGGCGACCGGGGCUAUAUGAUAAGUCAAAGCUUGAUCAGCCUAAAAGGGAACAUAAGCAGCAGCUAUGGACAGAAGUCGCAGAAAGCUUGACAGUACCGGACGAAUGGGACAAUUUCACAGUGGAUGAAAAAGAAGCAAAAGUUGAUGAAGUCCAGCACAAAUGGAAACAUUUACGAAAUCAUUUUCUUCGAGAGGUUAAACUUAUAAGAACCGGCCAAGCCCAUACAAAAAGAAAGUAUAUAUACUAUAAUGAUCUAGAGUUUCUAAAUCCAUUUGUUGGUAUGAAAUUUUCUGGCAGAGGUAAACAGAGUACCAAAUCUGGAGACUCCAUGGAUGAAGACGAAUAUGAUACAGAUCAAGAUAAUAGUGUUAAUAAGGAAGAUGAGGCCGAUGAGAAAUCUCAUAGCUUUGAGGAAAUACAAGUUGAUAACGAACGUAGAAAGAGCCCACGUCGAGCAGUAAAAGUUGCGCCCAGAAAAAUACCCCAACAUUUUAGUUCCACUCCUAAAGAGUUAACAAGGGAACAAAUAAUAAACAAGUUUGAUGGGUUGAAGAAAGUCUCAGAAAGAAUUCGUCGCCCUCCUAGCACACCAACAGUGACACAAGUUAAAAACCCAAUUCCCUCGAUUAGUAUGCGCGAUGGGGACAUAUCUUUUUGCCUUUCCUUGGUGCCAACUAUGCGUAAAUUGGAAGAAAGCAAAAGGUUAAAGGCUAAAAUUGAAAUCCUUACAAUUCUCCACAAGUACGUUGAAACAGAAGAUAUUCCCAAAGUCAAAAGGAGACAACCGGAAUCUUAUCGCAAUAACGAUGAUGAAAAAUCUAAAGAUAUGUUUGAGGUCAACUUUUCAAACAAUAUUAAGCCGGAAGACUCGGAUGGCUCAGAUAGAAAUACAAAAAAUGUAUGGUGGACGUAACAUGGAAACGAGGAUUUUCGGGAUUGUGAACUAUUUUUUUCUUAAGUUUCAAAUAAAUUAUCAUUGUAAAUCCUAUACUAA